GGCUCUUCCCUGUUUUUCCUGGAGGCGGAGACUGAUUGCAGAGACAGAGAUAAGCUCGAUUCCUUCCACCUACAGACUCCUUUCUAAUGGUGUGGUGUGGUGGUGGCGGCAGUGGUGGUGAUGGGGUAUAUGUGUGAGUGUGUGUGGGUGCGUGUGUUUGUGUGUGUGUGCGCUUAUUACUGAGGCAAAGAUUAGAAAUGAGAUACACAUAGAGCACUGAGUGCACAGUGGGUAUGAGCUCACGAGGUUCGGGUCAAUUAAUUUUACUGCAGCUUGACACUCGAGUCUGAAUCGCCUUGAGCCGGCAGCCGCGGGGACGCGGGACAGCAGGUGCAUGUUAUAUGGAUUGGUAGGGUCUCCCCGCCCCCGCUCCGCCUCCAUCCCGUGUCCGAUUUGGUGUGCAGCCUGGUCUCCUUUGCCUGAUGUGGAGCCGCAAAGGCCAGUUCCCCGCCCCUUCUCUCUCCGCCGCUCCCUCCUUCCUUACUCCACUCCCCUUUCUGACCGCUGGAGAUAGAUACUGGCAAGUGUAGCGAGUGACUUGAUCAGAAUGUAGCCCAGAAUCCGCUGAGUAGAAGGCAUGGAUAGUAUAUCGAGAGACCGGCAACUGGAGGUAGAGGGCGGGUGAGAAAUUUUCCCUCAUUUCUCAGUGUGUGCUCCCUGAGUACAUGGAGGCACCAUCAUCUCAGUAGCUCAGCCCUAAAUAGGGAUUUGUUAAAGUACGGUGGGUCAAGGAAAAACGGUCAGUGGAGGUGGCCACCCCGCGGUGGCAAAAUCGCUUGGUAGCAGCAGGUGGCUUCUUCUGGAACCCAGCGCUAGUAGUCUCAGCGGCCUCAUGUGCAUAGACUGCCCGGUGCAGUGGACUAAGACGCACCGCUGAACUAGAGCACCGAGUCUCCCUGGUGUCACUGGACACAGAUGGACCCCGAGGUCAUCGGGCGGGGCCUCCGGGCGCCUCCGCCGCGGGCACCGCCUCAGCUGUUGCUGCUGCUUCUGCCUCUGCUGCUGUUGCUGCAGGUGGCUGUCCCAGCCUCUGCCUUUUCAGAAAACCUACUGACCGCCCCGGGGGUGAUGGGGACCAGUCUGGUCUCCGCCAGCCCCGGGAGCGUGGUAGCUCCGGGAACUACUCCCUUUGAGGAGAGCCGGCUGCCGGUGUUUACUCUGGAUUAUCCCCAUGUGCAGAUUCCCUUCGAGAUUACCCUCUGGAUUUUGCUGGCUUCCUUGGCCAAGAUUGGCUUUCACCUCUAUCACAAGUUGCCCACAAUAGUGCCUGAAAGCUGCCUCCUUAUCAUGGUUGGACUUCUACUAGGUGGAAUUAUAUUUGGAGUAGAUGAAAAGUCUCCACCUGCAAUGAAGACAGAUGUAUUUUUCUUAUAUCUACUUCCACCCAUUGUUCUUGAUGCAGGAUAUUUUAUGCCAACCCGUCCUUUCUUUGAGAACAUUGGCACCAUAUUCUGGUAUGCUGUUGUAGGGACCCUUUGGAAUUCUAUUGGCAUUGGGAUCUCUCUGUUUGGCAUCUGCCAAAUUGAAACAUUUGGCUUGACUGACAUCACUUUGCUACAGAGCCUGCUUUUUGGCAGCUUAAUUUCAGCUGUGGAUCCCGUGGCAGUGCUUGCUGUCUUUGAAAAUAUUCAUGUCAAUGAACAACUUUACAUCUUGGUAUUUGGAGAGUCACUGUUGAAUGAUGCUGUAACAGUGGUGCUGUACAAUUUGUUCAAGUCCUUUUGCCAGAUGAAAACAAUUGAGACCAUUGAUGUGUUUGCUGGAAUUGCUAACUUUUUUGUGGUGGGAAUCGGGGGGAUAGUCAUUGGAAUCUUGCUGGGCUUUAUAGCAGCAUUUACCACCCGUUUCACACACAAUAUCCGAGUGAUUGAGCCACUCUUUGUCUUCCUAUACAGCUAUUUGUCAUACAUCACAGCAGAAAUGUUUCACCUCUCAGGCAUCAUGGCGAUCACAGCUUGUGCUAUGACAAUGAAUAAAUAUGUCGAAGAAAAUGUAUCUCAAAAAUCCUAUACAACCAUCAAAUAUUUCAUGAAGAUGCUGAGCAGUGUCAGUGAAACCUUGAUUUUUAUCUUCAUGGGAGUGUCAACAGUUGGAAAAAACCAUGAGUGGAAUUGGGCCUUUGUUUGCUUCACCCUGAUCUUCUGCCUAAUCUGGCGUGCCCUAGGUGUCUUUGUUUUGACUCAGAUCAUUAAUUGGUUUCGGACAAUACCUCUGACUUUUAAAGAUCAGUUCAUCAUUGCCUAUGGAGGACUACGAGGAGCUAUCUGUUUUGCUUUGGUCUUCCUUCUUCCUGCAGCUGUAUUUCCCAGGAAGAAACUGUUCAUUACAGCUGCCAUUGUGGUCAUUUUCUUCACAGUCUUCAUUCAGGGAAUAACAAUUCGACCACUAGUAGAGUUCCUUGAUGUGAAGAGGUCAAAUAAGAAGCAGCCAGCUGUCAGUGAAGAAAUUCAUUGUCGGUUUUUUGAUCAUGUAAAGACUGGGAUUGAAGAUGUAUGUGGACACUGGGGUCACAAUUUUUGGAGAGAUAGGUUCAAAAAAUUUGAUGAUAAAUACCUGAGGAAGCUUCUAAUUAGGGAAAAUCAACCCAAGUCAAGCAUUGUUUCAUUGUAUAAGAAGCUGGAAAUAAAGCAUGCUAUAGAGAUGGCAGAGACUGGGAUGAUGAGCACAGUGCCAUCUAUUGCUUCAUUAAAUGAUUACCGUGAGGAAAAAAUAAGAAAAUUGACCCCUGGUGAAAUGGAUGAGAUACGACAAAUAUUGUCAAGGAAUCUCUAUCAAAUACGACAACGUACACUGUCUUAUAACAGACACAACUUGACAACAGAUACAAGUGAAAGGCAAGCCAAAGAGAUUCUGAUCAGACGUCGGCAUAGCUUGAGAGAAAGCAUAAGAAAAGACAACAGCUUGAACUGGGAUAGAAGGGCAUCUACUUCAACAUCCCGAUAUUUGUCACUACCUAAGAACACCAAACUUCCAGAGAUAUUAAAAAGGAGACAUAAUGUAUCUAAAGCAGAUGGCAAUAGUAGUGACUCUGAUCCAGACACUGGGACCACAGUGCUCAAUUUGCAACCAAGGGCAAGGCGGUUUUUGAUGGACCAGCAUCAGAAGGCCCAACAACAGUACUCCAUGGAAUGGAGAAAUGAAGUGCAUGGAGAUGCCAGCAGAGUGCUGCCCUCCAUCACCAUAGUUCCCUCUGGCUCAGCAGCCCAAGCACAGACACCAGGUGUGCUCCGGCAGCCUUUGCUCUCUAAAGCCAAAUUUGGCACUGUGAGAGAAGAAGGUUUGACUGAAGGAAAAAGACCAGUGCCUCCCCCCAGGCUAGUCAGGCGGGCCUCAGAGCCUGGAAACCAAAAAAACAGAUAUGGAAGUGAUAACCCUUAGUGGAAACGGCCAAAACAGAACUGUGGUAACUUGCCUAACACAUCUGUAGCUUAUUAUCCUGAAAUCUGACAGAACAAUUGAAUCCAUAUUAAACUCAC